AUGGGGGUAUAUUUGAAUCGAUCAGUAAUACAAAUUCAUUUACACUUUGGUUUUCACAAUGAACGGUUCAAGCAAAAAGCUUCGUCUGAUAGAAAUAAUAUACGCCAAGUCAUUGCACAUAACAUUGAAAGGAAAUUUAACCUGUUCUGUUGCGGGUGUAAAGUUCGUGACCAGGACUGCUUAAUGUUGGAUGAGUUUGAAAAAUGGGAGAUGUAUGGUCUUGAUGCUAUAGAGGAAGCCGGAACUAAUUACGCUGUCUGGCGUGAAUUUACUAAUGUUAUUGAAAUCCUUAAUGUUCCGUUUGAGAAAUAUUUCACGGAACACUUGUUGAGCUUGGAAGAAAACCCUGAUCUUAUGCUGAUAGAAUCAUUAUUUCAAGAAUACCGGGACAACAAGGCAUUAAUCGAAGUCCUGUGCGACUUGUCUGAUCCUAAAGCAGAUCCAUUGGAACCUGUUGCAGAGUGCCUCUUCGGUAGCCCCCCUACCUUUAUAUUUUAUGUUAGAGGAAAGGGGGAAAAGUUCCGGAGCAAGGAACAAGAUGAACAAAAGGCAUAUCAGAACUAUCUCAAAGAUAAACUUCGAAAACAUUUUAAUAAUUU